GUUUUCACGCCGCAGGAGAUGUUAUCCCUGGCAAAACUAUUAUUAUUAAAAGUGGAUAAUCCAGGGGAGGGCAAAGGUUUCGUAAGUUCAUCUCAUAGCCCCGAACAGCUCGCAGAUCAGCUCUUCGAAGCAUUCUUUACUACGUUUCAUCGAAUCGUGACAUUAAAAGAUUACGAUAUAACUGGUCUGGAUGCCCUACAAGCCCUAGCCCUUAGCGGACAAGAAGCCACAUUUGACGAAGAACAUGAGGGAGACAAGGAAUUGAGAAAAUCAAUGACGUUUCGAGAUCAAAUCAUUAAAGUGCCAAGUGGACCGAGGACUUCAAAGUAUAAUCUAAUUACAAAGAAGGUUAACAUUACUAAAGCAUCGCCUAAACGACGAGGUAUAGAGCUUGCAAAGAAGCUAAGUAAAAAGAGACGUUUGGUAAUACAGAAAAGAAGGAGUGGAAAAAAUAAAAAAUCUAUGAAAAGUAAACUAAGACGUGGCCAUGGGAAAAGACAUAGACAAUCUAGACACAAGAGUAACAGACAAGGUACGAAAAGAAGACGAUUAGCUAAGAAUAGAAAAGGAAAGAGGACAGAAGGAAGACAAGCAAAUAGAGCAUGUCAUUGGAGAUAUGAAUGCAGGAAUCCACUUGAUCUUGAAACUUGUCAAUUGUUUACCGAGUGCAAAAACAGUUCCAGGAAGCAAAAUAAUACACCCGCGCCGCAGGAUAAAGUCCAGAUUUCAAAACUAACGCAAGAUUUUCGCAAAGCGUUAGGAAUUUCCGAAGUGGACGAACAGGUUGAGAAAAUAUUGGGGACCCGAAUUGCUCAUCUUAAGCCACAAAAUAUGGAGAGUGGUGAAAGGAUUGAAUCCCUAGCAGAAUAUUUCAACAACGUCAUUUUAGCUCAGGAAAAAGGGUCAACAACAGCCAUGCCUCCAUCUUUUAAUGAUGUGGGCAAUCUAAAUAAGAACUCAGUGGAGGUAGUAGUUGAAACAGUCAGUGAAAUAAACGACGAAAUCAAGGAAAAUAAAGAUAAGGGAAGUGCUGAAGACGAAAACGAUGGAGCCAAAGAGUCGACAACAGCCAUGCCUCCAUCUUUUGAUGACGUGGGCAAUCUAAAUAAGAACUCAGUGGAGGUAGUAGUUGAAACAGUCAGUGAAAUAAACGAAGAAAUCAAGGAAAACAAAGAUAAGGAAAGUGCUGAAGACGAAAACGAUGACGACAAAGAUUCUUUACCUGUCGGAUUCUCCGCUGAGAACGAGGAGAUUUCUAAAGAGGUUCCAACUAGUAAUCAAGAAACAUUCGGAGAUAAAGAUAGAGAAAGUUCUCAAGAAGACUUAGAAGACCCAACUAGUAAAGAGGACCAUAUUGAAGACGAUGCUUCUGACAAAGAUCAACCAGUUAAAAGAAAACUGUAACCAUUCCUAAAACAACUAUUCAUAAUCAGUUAUAUAAAUGUGUUUCCAAUUAUUGUAUAUAUAAGAUGAAGUUUUGUGAAAUCAAUUUGGAAUUAAAUUCUCUGGAAUAUUAUUACAGAAAUUUGAAAAAAAUAAAGAUAGCUCGAGUCGAUCUAAGUUGUUUAUUA